CCUCAGCUGAUAGUCAGCAGCCUGGCAGCCUUGAGCAAGGGGCAUAAUCUCCUCUUACUUCUCUCUGGAGCAACAACCUGAAGACAGGUACUGGGCUUUCAGGAGACAACCAUGAACACAGAAGAGAAUUUUCCUGAUAAAUCUCAGCCCAGAGGGAGAAGACAGCAAGAUCUCCAGGAGAUGCUGACAGAAGUGGGGUUGUCUGUUGACUACUGGCUGCCUAUACUUCAGCAAGACCUGGGUGUGACCUGUACCCAGGCCUUACAAUACUUAGAAGAAAGAGACCUCCAGAAGCUGAAGUCCCAGACACAACACUCAUGGGAGAAAAAGGCUCUGAAGAAACUGCUUGAGCUUUCAUGGCCAAAUAGUGUUGCAGAGUUCCAGGAGACUCCAGGGGAGAUGAUAAAGAACAGGCAGAGGCAGGCAGGACAGGCACUGCAGGAACUGAGGGCCUUGCAGUCAGAAGGGAAGAACAGACAGGAAGAGGCAGUGAGAAGGAAAGAAGCAGAGCUGAGACAAGCAAUGGAGAUCCCAGAAGAGUGCUGGCCAGGGCCUGAAGUGCGUCUGAAAGAUGUCACUGAAACAAUGGAGAGACAACUAAAGGAUUUGGAGCAGAAACUGAUCAACAGGGGAAACCUUUCUGAUAGAGACCUGGUAAGAUGGGCAUCUGGAGGGCUGGCACUGCAAGGAAUUUUUAAGACCUGCCACCAGAAGGACCUGGUAGCAAGAAGAGAAGAACUGCUGAGAGUUCCCAAGGAAUUCUUCCUCUUUGGACCUGAGCAAGGAAAAAGGAUGGAAGCAAAAGAAUUCACAUCAUCUCAAGCAGAAUCCAUGUUCACCAAAACUGUGGAGAAGCUGGGAUUUGGAGCAAUGAUAUCAGCCAAGGAUGGACACUUGGGAUUUAGUCUAGAAGGUGGUAGAGUUCAAAGCAACCACUCAGAAUCUAAAGAUACCCACCAAACAAAUUCAGAACAUUCUUAUUUCUGUUCAGCCAAGUUCAGCUAUGUGCCUCUAGCCUCCUUCCACUUUCGAGCUGAUCAGCUUCAGCUCUCCACUGCUGCUCUCAAGGAACUGAAAAUCAUUGAAGAACAGCUGGAACAUACUGAUGGACCAGGCAAAUUCCUUGUAGUGAGGAACAGGACUGAAAAAUUCUUCAACAGAUUUGGCUCUCAUGCUAAUCAAGGACCUCUGCACCUUGGGGGAAUCUACUGCUGGAAGGCCAUUUCAGAGGGUUUCAAAAGUGACCAGCUGGAUCAUGUGAAGCAGCAGACAGCAGCAGCUUUGGAUAGUUACAUAAGAGGGAGUUCCAGUGGCUUUGGGAUUGAAGUUGUUGAAAGGACAACAGCAUCACACUCACAUUACGUAAGAUCCUGCAAGAAUGCAACUAAUCAACAGCUCCAAAUCAAAGUCCAGUUGUCUGUGGCCCAGAUAGGCGGACCAGCAGAAGCAAAUGGAAUUGUCCAGUGGACAACUGGCCUUCUUGCCAGCAACAAAACCUGGUCUGUCAUUGACCAGGGACUUCAGUUGGUUCCUAUUUGGGACAUCAUCCUCAGCAGCCACAGAAAUGAUUUUAAGGAGGCCUUUCAAGUGGCUAAAUGCCUGAAAGACAGCUACAUUGCACUGGCUGGCCUUGCUGCUCAAAUCCAGGAUGAAGAAUAUCUCUACAAUAUUGGGCAAGAAAUUACACUUUUUCAAACAAAUAUGAAUUUCCAAGAGGUUUCUGAUUAUGAGGGGAAACUUAAGAGACUAAUAGAUUUCAUGACAGCAUUGAGUCAAAAAAUUAGAAGUUAUGACAUUUGGGCUUAUAUGUUUUCCACAGAUUGGCAACUGCAGAAUUUUCUACUUAGCACAAUCAACUUUCUCAAAGAAGCAGCCACUUAUGUAACUCAGUUUAUUAAUGCUCAGCUGUGUAGACUUGUAGAACCUCGUGUGUACAAAGUGACGAACUUUCCAUGGGCAUCAUCUACCAUGGAGUCAGUCUACCAGUCAGAGUCAGAGGAAGAAAAAGUCAAAAUCACCUCGUUUUCUGAAUUCCUUAAGGCCUUAAAGAAAUUAAAAAAAACUCUAGUAGGAGUAAAUAUGAAAAAUAAAUCCUGGCAAACAGUGGAAGCAGCUCAAAGAAAGGCUACAUGUAACAUCACCACAGCUCUGAGCUCCUUCUUGAAUUUCCUCAAAGAAGCAGAGCAGCCAGACAUGCAGCUGCUACUACUCUCCAUUGCAGCUGGUGCAGGCUAUCAGCUGGAAAGCAAUGUUUUUCAGCCUCUCCUGGGUUGCACUGAGAUAAACUUCUUCAUGAAGGAAAUACAAACUGUCCAACAUAAAUACCAAGAACUUAAAAAUAUUUGUAGUUACAGAGCCCAGGCAUUCCUGGUCCUCCGAGCUCUGAGAGCCACUGUUGGAACCACAGAUGUUUCUACAGGUGAGAAAAGACAACGUUUGGCAUUAGUAAGACAACAUGUAGGACAAUUGUUGUCUGAAGAAGUUGCAAACAUCCUCAUGAAACAUGGAGCACAUCAUGACUGGGAAAAACUUGAAAAUGAUUUGAGAUUACUCAUUCAUGAGGACUGUGAAGCCACCACUGCUUCUUUGCAGAUGGACAGAGUGAAAAAAAAAUUGCAAAGUCUCCGUAAUGAAAUUAAAGGGUCUUAUAAACAACUAAGUAUUGAAAACAAUAAAAAGGGAGUGAUGGACAAAGAAUCUUUCAUACACUUACUCCAACGUCUAGGCCUAGAUCAUCACUAUCCAAAAAAGAUGAGCAGAGCUAACUUCCACCACAUCUACAAGAACUCUGUACACAAGUUCCAGCCAAGCUCUGAACAGGAACUUCCUUUCUAUUUCCUGCAAAAGCUACUGAUGCUGGAUUGCAGGUUGAGACAACUGAUAUUCAAAGAUGAUGGAAAAACAGAAUACCAGGUCUCUAGAAGUUCCUGUAAUAUGGAUAAUGAUGUUUUUGAUCCAUAUGAAGAGUUAUUUGAAGAGAGUGAAGAUAUUGUGAAGUCAUCUGCCAAAAUGUCCCAGCCUCACAUUCACCCAAUGGACAUUCAGAUGGCCAUUUUUCACUGUGCAGAUGAUCUUGCCAGGCAGUAUAUUUUGUCCAAACUUUCCAUUUGUCAAUUUGCACUCCCCCUUGUGGUGCCAAAUCCCAACACUUCUCAGAUGGAAUUCUCUCUCUGGUCUCUCAGACAAAUUAGGAGAAGUUGGCAAGAGUCAAGUAAAUCACCACAGGACAAGAGCUACAGUCACAGGAAUCAGCAGAUGUGCUGUGUCUCUACCCCAAUUGUGUCCUUCAUUAGAGUUGGAAAUGGCCUCUCUGCUUCCAAAUCUCAGAUCAUGAACUCUCUCCUCAGUAAACGGAAACAUGAUGUGUUUUUUCACAGACACUGCAGAGGAAGCAGCAAACACUGUCUCCUGAUGGAGGGAGUGGUAGAGAUCUCCUGGUUCUGUCCUGGGGGCCAAGGUGAGGACAGAUUUGACAAGUGUGUGACUUUUACCAAUCUUCAUGGAGAUGCCAAGGAACAUAGACAACAACUCAGCUUCCUACAGGAUGUCUCUUCUCUCAUUGUGAUCCUCAUGUCAGCUUCUGAUGACAAUAAAGAAAACCAAAAUCUUGUCAGACACUUGUGUCAGUCAUCAACACCUCUGAUCUGCUUGUUGGAUGAUAAAAAAAAUGUGUUGGGCAAUAAUUCUGGUAGAAGAGUAAGAAUUGGCAUCAGGAAUAGAAAUGAGGCAGAAUUAACUGAGGAACUCACAAAUGCCAUCAAACAUUUGCUAGAACUCUCUGAUGCUUCACUCAGUUUAGAAGACUGUUCACAGAUGGCUCGAAGACAAGGAUUCCUGAUUGAUGAAGACCAGAAAGACUGCAAGGAAGCUAAAGAAAAGGCUGAGAUUAUAAUGGCCCUACUAGCAAAACAGACAUUAUCAAAGAUAAAGGGAAACUUACUGCCUCUUCAGGGACAACUCUGGCAUACUUGGUGUAAGAAAGAUAAAGAACUCUAUCAUCUGAGAGAAAAGGGAAAUCGGAGCAUUGAACAACAUAAAAGUGACAUAGAUACUCAGAAACAAAAAAUACGAUAUCAACAAUCAGAAAAAGCGCUUCCUCUCAAUGGUGUAAUGCGUUCUUUCCUUAAAAUCCUUCAAGAACACAAAGAAGCUCCAUCUAAACAUUACGUCUUGCACUGGUUGAGUUUUUUUUUACACAACUUAACCAAAGGACAUUUGGAAAAAUUACAGCAGAAACAAAGGUCUUUGUGGUCAAUGGUACAAACAGAAAAACAUAAGAAAUAUAAAAGCAACUCCUUGACAGUCUUGCAGAAUCAGAUAGAAGCCAUCUCCACAGAGAUUCAUGACUGUACUUUUGGAAUUGAGCAUCUUCUCCGAGAAGUUGGCCAGAUCUACGAAGCUCUGGAAGAAACUUCUUCCACUAUAGAUAAAAGUUUUCUCUCUUUCCCUGAGAUUGCUGCAGACCUGAUGGUAGCUGGUGUUCCCAUUGAGCUCAUGGAUGGGGAUGCUUCUUAUGUACCCCUAAAAUGGGUGGCAGCAAUUUUUGACAAGAUCUCAGAAAAACUUGGAGACAAAAGGCUGUUUGUUCUCUCUAUCCUGGGACUACAGAGUUCAGGGAAGUCCACGCUGCUGAAUGCCCUGUUUGGGCUACAGUUCUCAGUCAGUGUUGGUCGGUGCACCAGGGGGGCCUAUAUGCAGCUUCUGAAGGUAGAUGAGAAAUUCACAAAAGAACUUGGCUUUGAUUAUAUGCUAGCAGUAGACACAGAAGGCCUUCGAGCUCCAGAGAUCAACAACAAAUCCCAGAAUCAGGACAACGAGUUGGCAACAUUUGUCAUUGGUCUUGGAAACUUGACUCUGAUCAAUAUUUUUGGGGAAAAUCCAUCAGAGAUGCAAGAUAUUCUUCAAAUAGUCGUCCAGGCCUUUCUGAGAAUGAAACAAGUAAAAAUCUCUCCCAGUUGCCUCUUUGUUCAUCAGAAUGUAGGAGAAGUUACAGCAAAAGACCAAACUAUGGAAGGACGAAGGAGACUGGAGCAGAGACUGGAUGAAAUGACAGCAUUAGCUGCUGAACAGGAGGAGUGCUCCAACAUAACUCGCUUCAGUGAUGUAAUUAAAUUUGAUGCUAGUAGUCAUGUCUACUACUUUGCUCACCUCUGGGAUGGCAAUCCCCCAAUGGCUCCCCCUAAUCCUCAAUAUAGCCACAAUGUCCAGGAGUUGAAGACUGGAAUUCUUAGGAUUGCCCAGGAGGAAUCCAGGGGAAAGAUCAUGAAGAUCUCAGACGUAAAAUUCCGAGUUCAAGAUUUGUGGAAAGCCCUUGUCAGUGAGAACUUCAUUUUCAGUUUCAGAAACACCAAAGAAGUCAUAGUCAUGAGUAAAUUGGAAACCAUGUAUAACAAGUGGACCUGGGAGCUGAGGAGUCACGUGCUGGAUUUACAGAAUCAGCUGAACAAUCUGAUUCAGAAUGGGAAAAUCUUGACACUCACAACCAAUGAACUGGAAGCUCCAGUUAACAACAAAUAUGAAACCAUCCAACAAGACUUUAACAAAUAUUUUGAAGAAGACCCAGAUAGUGAGACAUUGGUUCAAUGGAAAGCAAAUUUUGAACAAAAGCUACAAAUGCUUAAAGAUGCUCUUAUUUCAGACAUCAGAUGGAAAGGCAAUGAACUCAUAAGUCUUAAACAAAGCCAAGAAAGACUAGAUAACCAAAAGUCACAAUAUGAAAAGGAAUUAUUAGAGAGGAGCCGAAAGUUGGCUUUAAGUGUGAAGGGUAAAGAAUUAAGUGAUAAAGAGUUGCAUGAGAAAUUUGAUCAACUUUGGACAAAUUGGAUUGACAAUGUGUCUGUGACUGCACCUCCUGUCAAAGAGCCUAAUAUUGAUUUGGAUUCUGAAAAUAUUCUUCUGGAGUAUUUCAAGAAAGAGAAAAGCAUUGUUGAAAGACUAAAAGUAAAGUCUGGAGAGAUGUUUGAAAUCAAUUAUUCUAAACAUGUCCAAAUGAAAAAAAAAUGUAUUAUAUUUCCAAAGAGUUUAGAAACCUGCCAUAAAGAGUCCAUUAAUAAGACUACUAUUAACAUUAAUUUAAGAGUCAAUGAAACAUUAAAGAACAUUUGGAUUCAAAAGCGUGAUUACAGUCAGAAUGAUUUUCAUGAGAUCCUGAGGAUAAUAGAAAAUGAACUGAAAUCUGUACCCCCUGAAGAAGACUACACAUUUACCAGAGACUACACCAUUGACUUUUCCUUAUGGUUAUUCCAAAGAGCAUCUAAGAGUUUCAAGGAAAUGCACAAGGCAUUCAAGAGUGCAAAUGAUCCUGUGAACUACCUUGAGAAAAAGAAAGAUGAUUUCUUCAUGAGUUUUAAGAUCUCCUGCCAAGGUGCCACCUCCAUCACAUCCUUUGUUGACUUCCUGUGGCUAAAGCUCACUCCUGCUAUCUCCGACACCAUAUGGGAUAAAAUGGGUCCUAAAAUAGCUGGGGAUAUGAGAGCUACCUGCCCUGCAUUCAAUGGAAACAGGGCUAACCUGGAGAAGCAUAUUCUCUACUCUCUAGCUGAAGAAGAAAAUUUUGAUAAGUAUUGGCAAUACAUUCAUCAUCCAGAAUCCUUUUUCAGGGAUUACAUUAGUGACCACAUUAGAAGAUAUUGUUUUGAAAAAGGAAGUGAAAAAGUAAUGACCUUUUUAAAAAUAAGUUUAGGUGACAUCAAGAAUGCCAUCUUCACAGCCAUUCAUAAGUCCACAGCUGUUGCUAAAGAUAAAGGCAGUACUGCUUCUGCCUGGUUGGAUUUGUUCUGUGAUCACCUAGGGAGCAACUUGAUCUUUCCAAGAAGAGACCUGAUAAGCAUUGAGCACCAGGAGAUAAAGGAUACUGAGUUUCUCAAAGAAGCUAUGAGUACAGCUUUGGAUACUGCAAUAAGAAAAGUAAAAGAGAACUGUUCACAUAAGAACAUAGCUGAAAUGGUUCCUGACAUUGAGAAACUUCUCUCUGAACAUCUCUGUGGCUGCUGGAAACAGUGUCCUUUUUGUAAAGCAAUUUGUACCAACACCAUUUCCCAACAUGAAGGAGACCAUAGUGUCCCGUUCCACCGUCCUCAGGCUGUCAAUGGAUGGCAUAGAUAUAAAACAGACCACUUUGUUAUUGACUGCUGUACUAGUUCAGUAGCAAGUGAUCGUUCAUUUAUUUUAAAUGACCUCCAGAAAUUCCCAUACAAGAAAUACCGAGAAGCAGGAGGUAACUUUGCCACGUGGAGCAUCACCCCAGACUCAUCUACCCAGCCAUAUUGGAAAUGGUUUGUCUGUCACUUCAGAUCAGAGCUAGAAGAGAAAUAUGGAAAAGAAUUUACAAAUACAGGAACAAUUCCAGAUUCAUGGACCAAAAUCACAAAGCAAGAAGUACUUGAUGACUUGAAAAAUAAUAUUUGCCACAAAUAGAAUACUGGUACUGACAUAUUAAUUUCACAUUAUCUAAGGGAGUCUAAUAUCAAUUUCUAACACAUAUUUAUGCUUCUACCUUAUAAAUUACUAAAAAAUAAAUCAGUUAUUAUUUCAAGAUUUGAAGAUUUUUGACUAAAAUGACUUCAUUUCUCUGGGACUUGAUAUCUUCUACUUUAUACAUAAUGUACUAAAUAUGUUAAUGUUUUUGCUUGUUUACUUUGAUUUUUAUUCUUGGAGUUGGGAGUGUUGUGGUUCUCAUGUAUUUCUUAUUUUUAUUGUUUAUGUGUGUGCUUAUUUGAAAGAGAGAAAAAUAAAAAUUGUGUGGUUAGACAGAUGGGGAGAACAUGCAAAGAAUUGGGGAAGGUGGAGAAACAAUAUCAAAAUAUAGUAUAUAAACAAGAUUUUCCA